GUGUUGCGCGAGCCCGCCCCGGAGCCUCCAGAACGUCAACACACAGAGCCAGCGUCCCUGCAGACUGGGGCUGGAGCAGAGCUGCUGGCAGGAGCAAUGCAUUGGACGUCUUUCAUUUCUGUCCUUUGCGGCUGCUUGGCGGUUUCCACUUCGUAUUAUCAAUACGUAUCCGUAAGUUUCCGAGCUGGAACCGAUUGCUCUCUGAAGUCGCAGUGGUCCACGAAGGACGUCAUCUCCACGAUAGAGUGGCGGUAUGGGGUCGACCCGGUAGUAGAGUGGAACAGAGACAACAGGUCGGCCGUCUUCCGCGCUCAUCUCCAAGACCGCGCUUUGCUGGACAUCCAAACGGGAGAUCUGAUGAUCAGCAGCACAAGGGCGGGUGACAGCGGGGAUUACACGGUCUUCAUCAACUCCGGUCAAACCCGCAAGAUUAACGUCAGCAUCCUCUCUGCGGUUCCCGUGCCGACGGUCUCCUGGGCCUGCCAGCCGGAGGAUGAGGGGACGAUCUUCUGUGUUUUGACUUGCGAAGGAGACACCAGCGGAGCAGAGCCCGUCCAGUACAGUUGGACCCACCAGCCACAAGCAAACAUCUCAAGUCAUGGAGAUGAGGAUGCAAACAAAACUUUGCCUAAAUCCAUCAACGUUACAAUGGUCGUGGGGUCGGACUCGGAUGUAUUUGUUUGUACCGUCUGGAACACAAUAAGCCUGCAGAACAGCCAGCCCAGCACGCGUCCCUCCACACUGCGAGAAACUCUCCAUCCAAUGAAAGGAGUGGUCGUGUUCACAUCCUUCAUAGUAGCGGUCAUAGCAGCCAUCGCGUUACACAGAUGUUGGACAGGAGUCUGGUUCUUUCAUAAAGAAUCAACGCCAUGGCAAUCAGAUUUCUGGAGAAGAAGAAUUAAGGGUGGUGAUGACUCAGAGAACAAUCAUCCCAAGGAACUGGAGGAGUUGAAAGCCAACCCAGAUCCCGAAACACAGCACUGAAGCCCCUGUGACCUCUGGACCAGGGCUCCCUGCCGGGCUUCACAGACCCAGUGAAAGAAGCCACUAUGUAAUCAAUCAAUUGUUAUGAGUGUAAACUUACCAGAGUAACCGGUGCAUAUUAAGUGUCCCUCCCUGGGUUCUCGGACACAAUAGAAACAGUAUAACUGCAGUCCUGUCUAGCUCAAUUGGUAGAGAAUUGCAUUACCACUGCCAGUUAAUGGGUUAGUGAUUCCAUAGGUGGGUGUAAGACACUGGAGAGAAGUGUCCAUCAAAUGGCAUUUGGAGUUUUAUGUCAGGAAUAAAAUAAAAUACACGUUGGACAUUUGGGUCACUUUACCCUUGGAGCAGUUCUUACUCUGUUGUCCAGGGCUGCAUUGAGCUGAUUAGAGGAGAACACUAUCGUUCUAUUGUUUUCCGAGGGCAGCAGACUCCCACAACAGACACGGUCUUGUUGUAGAAUAGAGCAGAUCUGGGGCCGUCACUCGGGUAUGGGUCGCAAUGGGCUGCCAAACCUUCGAUUAGAUCUCCCUCCCUCUUUCUGUGGCUGAAUGCCAUACAUGGAGAGGCGGGUCCGACGACAUUCUGUAUCGACAGACAGCUGUUUUAUACAGUCUAUGGGCUGUAUACACGCAAACUACAACCUCUGUCUAGGCACCAAGUGCAACUUCUCAGCACCAAAUCUAUCGUGUUACUAUACUGAAGAACAAGUGCAAUGUAGACCCACACCUGUGUCACGAUACCCCCUGGUAAAUCUGUAUGGAAACGCUCGCAGCAAAAUCUAAAUACAAUGGGUCAACGUACAUUUGUGCAUUUAACACUUGAAUGUGUAACAUGUCUGUUUACAUGUAUAUAUGUCUCACGGUUUACACCUUAUAAUAUAAUGAAGUUGAGGUUUGAUUAAUGCCUGUUUGCCUCAUUUUGAUGUGCUCCGGUUUUGAUGUGAAGCCCAUUUUUACUUGCAUCCAAGUGCUACAUGAAUAAAGUUACAAUAACUUUC